AUGCCGAGUCCGCUCGUGUUCGUCGGCGGGGGCGCGGCGCUGACGGCGGCGGCCCGAGCGGCGGACAAGGCGAACGGUGGUGGCGGACCAUUCCGGCGGCUGGGCGAGGGCCGCGGCGCGGCGUUGCGGGAGGCUUGGCCGGUGGAGGCGCUGCACACCGUGCCCGCAGCAAGGCGGGCGGCGGCGGGCGACGCGGACGAGCUGUUUGCGUACGCCCGUCCGCCCACGAGCAAGGCAAAGCGCGAGGCGGGCGAGCGGCGCGCCUUGCAGCACCAGGAGUGGGCUGACGCGCCCAAAGAGAAGAGGCAGAGGGCGGCGGAGGAGCGGGCAGCGGUGCAGGCGGCGCUGCUGGCGCCGCUCGCGGCGGCGGACACCACGGCGUCGCUGCGGAGGCCGAGCCUACGACGGGAUAUGGACAAAGACGUGUGGACCCACCCAGCGCUGUGCUGGAACGGAUCGCAGUUUGCGGUGAAUGCCGAUGUGCCGGAGGGGUCGGACCUCGUGAGGCUCUCCCCCGCCUACCUCAAGCGCGAGUGCCCCAUCGCCGCGGAUCCGCUCCAGCUCAUCUCCAAGCUCGCCGCUUCGCAGCGGAUACGAGAGCUUCCGCUCGACUUCGAGCCUCCCCGCGAGGGCGACGCUGUGCUCAAGCAGCUGGAUGGCUCGAUCUUUGCGCCAAGACUCAACGUGAAUGCGCGCAUGAUUGCGACGUCCGACACGCCUCGCGCAGUGAUGCACUACAUCUGCCGCUCCCAGAGGCUCGACGGCGGCAAGUGCUACGCAAUUCUGACGGGGAUUGAUUACUUUGACCACCGGAGUGGCGGAGCGGUCGUCGGCGGCACCACGAAGCAGGGCAUCUUCUUGCGCACGUUCCGGGCGCUGAAGGCUGGCGAGCCGGUUUAUCACGACUAUUUCGCGGCGGCGCACGUCAACUGUGUGCAGACGGCGGUCCAGUACGGGUUUGUUGAUCUGGAGGACGAGAACAUCGCAAUCCCCAACAGCGUGACCAUUUGCUUGCCGAACCCGCUGAGAGGAGCGUGUCUGCCGUGCACGCUGUGGCGCACCCUGCAGGACCGUGCGCUAAGGGCCCGUGUGACGUUCAGCGGAGAGCAGAUGUCCGUCAAGGGCAGCCCCACUGACCUGAAGCGGAACGGCAUCUCUCCAACGUUCGCACAGUUGAUCAAGUUGCUCUUCCCUACUCCACUCGAGCAGCUGAUGUUCCUCUUGCACACGCACAAGGGCCUCCGCGACCUAUGGGACAAGCAGCGCAAGAUCUGUCAGCCCACGCUGCUGGAGGCCGGAUCCGACAACCCUCGAUUGCGGUCAGCCAUCGCCCGCUGCUUCGUCGUGGCAGAGGACUGUAUCGCAAGCCUGGCAAGGCUCGUUCAGCACACCAUCACCUCCAACAACCUGCCACACCAUCCAGUGCGCGCGCUCUCGCGGGCCAAGCCCACGCCGGUGACGCUAUUCGCAGAGCUCGCGGCGUCGGCGUCGUUUGUGCACAAAGAGUGGGGUCAAACGCCUGUCCUCUAUCGCACCCAGCAGGGGAUCGCGGACAUCUUUACCAUGGACGAUCUCGCGGUGGCCACCGACAACAACCUUCUCCCAUUCGCGCAGUUUUUUGGCAGACGCGAGGGAGGAGAUCAGCUUGCGUCUAGUGGCGUAUGGAGGGCGGCCGGGGCGGAUAGAGGCACUGGGUUCUAUGGCUUCGCAAACGUCUCCCUGGUUCAGACGAAAUACCUGCGCUUCGACGAGGUGGAGGAGGCGCUACUCAAGGGCUCCAUUGUCUACAACUGCGCCGGGGCGACCCACCCGAAGUUGGGCAGCCUCUGCUUGACGGCGAUGGACUCAUUCGAUCUCCCCGUCCAGGCCAACCUCUACGUGACUGGCAAGGGCAUUGCGACGUCCGCGACGCCGCACUCUGACAAGCAGAACGUCCUCGUGCUGCAGUCGCGUGGAGCCAAGCACUGGCGCGUCUUCGCCCCGCCCCCACCGUUUGCGAAGCCCGCCGCUGACCCGCUCGCACGCGGCAAACUCGACGACACGCUCCGCACUGACGAACUCGGCGAACCUCUCAUCGACGUGGUCCUCAAGCCAGGGGAUUGCCUCUACGUACCGGCUGGCUUCCCGCACACGACGGACACCGUCCACGUGACGGGUGCAGGCGCUGCCGCCGCCGAGGCCUCGGUGCACAUCACGCUCGGCGUCGCCACAAACCUCUGGGGCCUCAGCUAUGCGGACGCGCGGUCCGGCGCCCUCUCCCGAACCGGACAGCCCGAUACGCUCACCCCGACAGCACUGCAGCCCGCUUUAUACUGGUUGCUGAUGCGCGCUCCGUCGAGCCUCGGCUUCUUCCGGCAGCACCAGCGUGAGCACGAGCGUGCGUGCGCCGGUCUGGUGCGCGCCUCGCGCCUCGCCGAGACAGCUCGCUGGGAGAACAUGUCUGACGCCGAGGUGUCGUCGCGGCUCGAUGCGCCCCAGAUCAUAGCGCAACUUGAGCGCCACAGGGAGCGCAUCGUCUCCAUUCAUCGCAAGAUGCACCUCGGCGCCGUGCGCCACCAGCGAGUAGCGCCCAGCGACCCUGGCUUGUCGAUCGCCCGCGUCGAGACGUACAAGAAAGAGCUCGAGGCUGCACACCAAGAGCACCUGCAGUGGUUCAAAUCACAGCCAGAGGCGGCGACGGCCGGUCAGGAAGCGGAGGCGGCGGAGGCAGGCGACCAGCAGGCCGAGCCUCCUCCGUACAGGCGCAGCGGCUCGUCCUCCCCCUCGCGCCGGAGCUCGGGCAAGUCGGUCAGGUGGUGGGACGAGAGGGACUGA